AUGGGUACCAGGGAGUCAUUAUAUCACGCCUACCGCGUACUCAUAUCUUCUAAAGAUGUGUUUUGCGGGUCGGUAGACAUCGCACGGGAAUCGUUCUACAUUUGGGCGUCUACCUCAAGCCUGACAAGGCCACUGCUGUCCAAGUCGCGAUGGUUCCAUGACCCGGAAUGGAACCGCGCCCGCCAGCUCUCCGAUAAAACACGUCAGGAGGCAGCAGGACAGCUAAGGCGAAAUGCAAGCGCACCGCGCGGGACUAGGCAAUACUCGACCAGCUCGAAGAGAAACGAAGAUGAUGCGGAGGUAAGGCACAUGGAGAGCUCGUCGGUGCCAAGCUCUCGAAUUUCUCGGCUAUUUCACUACGGCUCUCUUGCAGCGGGUGUAGGUAUAUCUGCGGCAUCACAGGGUCUGUCCCAGAUGAGUCGGGGGCAGAGUCCAACGCUGAAGUCACUCCUACUCUCCGAUACCAACAUUGCACGGAUCACUAAAAAGUUCUCACAGAUGCGUGGGGCAGCGCUAAAGAUUGGGCAGAUGAUGUCGUUUCAGGAUUCAAAGGUGCUUCCUGCGGAGCUGUAUCAGAUUCUCUCGCGUGUGCAAAAUAGUGCUCACUAUAUGCCUCAGCGUCAACUGGACCGGCUCAUGGCACGCGAAUUAGGUGUAGAGUGGCGCAAUAAGUUUGCGUCCUUCGAAAAUGUGCCUAUAGCCGCAGCCAGCAUUGGCCAGGUGCAUAAGGCUGUGCUUCCAAACGGCGAUGACUGUGUCGUCAAGGUACAGUACCCAGGGGUAAAGGACUCAAUCGACUCUGAUCUAAACAAUAUCCUGGUUUUAUUAACAGCUUCCAGCCUGCUACCCAAAGGAUUGUUUUUGGAGAAAACAGUCGCAAAUGCAAAGACUGAACUUGGCUGGGAGUGUGACUAUAUUCGUGAAGCCACCGCUCUGAAGCACUUCGAGAAACUUCUAGCAGAUGACUCGGUGUUUGUAGUGCCUCAUGUCUACGACUCUCUGACUACGCCAAAUAUCAUCGUUAUGUCUAGAAUGCGUGGUACAGAGAUCAUGAAGUUGCCCGCAGAUGUAGCCAGCCAGGAAGUACGUGACUUCAUUUGCGAAAACAUUAUGCGCCUAUGCCUGAAAGAAAUCGCGGAAUUUAAGUACAUGCAGACAGAUCCCAACUGGGCCAACUUCCUGUACAAUCCUACAACGCGAAAAAUCGAGCUACUGGACUUUGGUGCAUCAAGAGGUUUCCCAGAUGAAUUCAUACGCAACUAUCGGAAGUUGUUGACUUAUGCCACUCAAGGCGACCGGGAAGGCGUUCACCAAAUGUCUGAACAGCUGGGAUAUCUAACGGGAUUGGAAUCGCGCGCGAUGAUCAAUGCACAUGUCGAUUCAGUGAUGACACUCGGGGAGCCAUUUUCUGGGGAAGUGGAUAAGACAUUCGACUUUUCUGACCAGGAUGUUACCGACCGGAUACGGGGUAACAUUGGUUUAAUGCUGAACGAGCGCAUGUGUCCACCUCCAGAAGAGACAUACUCCUUGCACAGGAAAUUCAGUGGUGUAUUUUUGUUGUGCGCCAGGAUGGGUGCUAGAGUUCAUUGCGCUAAAUUGUUUGACGAGAUUUUUGCAUUGAACGAAAAAUGA